AGCUGUGCUAAACUUCACAGGACACCAACCACAAAGGAAGCGGGUGUGACGUUGCUAAAGAAGCGGAUGUGACGUUGUGAGGAAGUGGCUGUUUCAACCAAUGGCAGCCGGGAGCGCCAGUUCAGCGGGGGAUUCGGUGCCUGUGUGCAGAAGAUCGGUUCGCGGGAAAGACGAGCAACAGCAACGGCGCGAAAAUAGCCCAGCACCGGCUAAUCCGACGAGCUUCUCCGUGCCAUUGGAACAUUUUUCACAUCGCCCCCGUUGCAGCGCUCGGCCCCGGGAUGCUUUUCCGCUCGAUCGUAGACAGAGGAGCUGGCAGACGAAGGUUGAACGCCCUCCCUGUGGACCCCUGGCCCAGGUACCCUCUGAGCUCCCUACUGGGAGGCUUCGAGUGUGUCCGACACGAUGAACACAUCUCCUAUGGAAGCCUGGGUGACUCCGUGCCGCCGUUUGGAUUGGCUUUCUCCUCUGCAGGGAACAUGCAGAACGUCCUCGCGGCAGCUAAUGAAGAAGGCAUUGUUAGGAUCUACAACACGGAGAGCCGGGAAAAGCCACUUGUUAAAGAAUGGCUGGCUCACGAGAACGCUGUCUUUGACAUCGCCUGGGUGCCAGGGGAACCUCACUUGGUGACUGCGGCUGGCGAUCAGAUGGCCAAGCUGUGGGAUGUGAACUCAGGGGAGCUGUUGGGCACCUUCAAGGGUCACCUCUGUAGCCUCAAGUCUGUUGCAUUCACACCCUGGGAGAAAGCUGUGUUCUGUACUGGGGCCAGAGAUGGAAAUAUUAUAGUCUGGGACACCAGGUGCAGCAAAAAAGAUGGUUUCUACAGACCAGUGAAACAGAUCAGCGGUGCUCAUAACAAAGCGGUGACCAGCACUCCCGCCAAAACCAAGAAGAGGCGGAGCAGCACGCGUGGCAUGGCUCCCAGUGUGGGCACCCAGCAGAGUGUCACAGUGGUUCUGUUUCGGGAUCAGAACACCCUCAUCUCUUCUGGGGCUGUUGAUGGGGUGAUCAAGAUGUGGGAUCUGAGGAAGAACUACACCGCACACCGACAGGAACCUGUUCCACUGCAGGCGUACCCGUACCCGGGUUCUUGCAUGCGCAUGCGUCUGGGUUACUCUGGACUUGUCCUGGACUCCACGAGAUCCAACGUCAUAAGUAACUGCACUGAUGAUAGUAUCUACAUGUUCAAUGUCAGCGGGAUGAAAACAACUCCAGUGGCUGUCUUCAGCGGCCACGAGAACUCCUCAUUUUAUGUAAAGUCCAGUAUUAGCCCAGACGACCAGUUCUUGGCCAGUGGUUCAAGUGACAAUAACGCAUACGUCUGGAAGAUCUCUGAUCCGAAGCACCCUCCCGUGAUGCUCCAAGGCCACAGCGAGGAAGUGACAUCUGUUGCAUGGUGCCCGACUGAUUUUACCAAGAUCGCUUCCUGUUCUGAUGACCACACUGUACGGAUCUGGAGGCUUCACCGGGAAAUGGAUGGAGCGCAAUCUUCAGUGGGAGAGGCCAACCUUGUGGGUUGGGCACGUGGUCCUAAGUCUCCCUCAAGGCCUUCAAUCAGAGCUGAAACAACUCCUGCCAAGAUCCAGAGGACAGAGAGUCUUGGAGGCUUGGCGUCGCCCCAGCUUGCCGCCUGCGCUCCCAGUGGAGCUGCGUUACCUCUGCCCUCCAGCACCACCUCACCCGUCCCUUCACAGGAGACUACGGCCGCUGCCGUUUGCCUGAGAUCGCCAUCUUCUAUCCAGCAGUGGUUGUCCUCCCCUAGCCGCGGCUCCCCCGGUCAGGUCAGUCCUCUGGGCCGUAGGGUGCUGAGCCCGUUUCCCCAGAGCCCGGCGAGCGGCCCCUCUCCCACAGAACGACGGGCCAAACGCAGGCUGGAGACCGGCGACGGUGCAUCUGCAGGCUGCGAGGGGGCGCUGUGCGGCUGUGUUACUGAACUCCACCCUGCGGCCAAGAGAAGCCGGGGCCUGUCGGGGGUCUGCUGCCCUGCUCAAGGGAGCCGCCCACAAACGGACUGUCACGCCGAGGACAACGUGGAAGCCUCAGCGAGACAGACGGGCAAGGAGAACUGCUCCCCCAGAGAACAGGACUGGUUGUCGGCGAUGGGCCAAAAGAUGAGGAAAGGUCAAGGAAGCCCUGGUGCUCCCAGAAGCCCCAGCUCCUGCAAGAAACAAGAAGGCAGGGCGCCAGCUUCCCCGACGAUCCGCUCACCACAAAACAUGAAGAAAAUCUCUGUGUAUUUCACAAGGACACCGGAGUGAUACUUUGGCCAGUUGGAUGGUCCGUGCCUCUGUUUGAAAUGAUAGUUGUUGUUUUUUUGUAUUUUUAACCUGAAUUGACAGAUAAUACGCUUCUAAGAACACUGAUCAAAAUCUAAGUUACACCAGUGUGUGAACAUGGGCUGCAUAACUUGAUAUUCAUUCAGAAUAAUUGCACGGCUGGUUAUUAUUUUGAUUAGGCAAUGGGUUUUACAGUUGCCUGCUACACCAUUUUUUUUGUGCUGUACAUAACCUCUGGUUGAAAAAACUUGUAUUUUGCUGAGUAAAACCUUAAUUUUACUCAAAAGUGACAGCUUCAGAUAUACUUGAUCCACAUUUAAUAAAGUUGUUCAGCUGGUCAACCAUGUACAAAUCCUCAAAUGCAGAGAAAGAUUUUUAAAUUCUUCUUAAAUACAAUUUAUUUGAUCCACAUCUUUUAUAUAGUUUUAUGAACUUCACUAAGUUUAUUUAUUGCUUGCGUGUAGAUUGUUGCUUUCUUUUUUUUUUUUUUUUUUUGCUUUUUUCAAUCAAAUCUACAUUUACAAAAUAUUUCUUUCAUUAAUGUUGUUCAUAUGUACAAAAAUAACCAAUGAUUGUUGCUUGGUUAAGUUGUAUUUCAUUGAUGCAAAUUUGCUGUCAGAUUUUAUUAAAUUGAAAAGAUUUUUCAUGGUG